GAAUGUGGCUGUAGGCUGCUUAUCAGCGUGUGUUUGUUUGAAAUUCUGCUAGUCUGAGGCGGUAAACUGUCUCAAGCAGGUCAGGUCUCAGGUGUUAUUAAUAAAGAUUGACAAUUUUUUUUCACGUUCAAGGGAAGACUAACGAGAAUCAUCUAUUGUUCCUAGUGAAUGCAUAAAAAGUCUGAAGUCAUGAAGAUUGCAUCCUUCAACAUCCAGCGAUUUGGUGAAAACAAAAUUGCUGACAAAAACAUCCUUUCUGUUCUUAUCAAGACUGUGUCUCGGUAUGGCAUUAUCCUGAUCCUAGAAGUGGUGGAUGUCAAAGGAAAAGCAAUUAAGAAAUUUUUGGAAGAGCUAAAUAAGGCUAAUAAGGACAACCCCUACACGAUGCAAAUCAGCACCCGCCUGGGAAGGCACACUUACAAGGAGCAAUUCAUGUUUCUUUACAGGGAAGAUUUGGUGAAACUGACUGGUUCGUACCAGUACGAAGAUAAUCAAGUGGGCGACGAAGAUGCUUUUGCUAGGGAGCCGUUUGUUCUGCGUUUCACUUGUUCAAAAACAGUCCUCAAGGAUCUUGUACUGAUUCCUGUACAUACCCAGCCCAGCUCUGUGGAAAAGGAGUUAGACGAGCUCUACGAUGUGUUCUUGGCCGUGCAAGAUAAAUGGGAAACCGAUAACGUCAUGAUGUUGGGGGACUUCAAUGCGGACGGGGGCUACCUCUCCAAUAAAAAAAUGAAGAAAAUCCGCAUCCGAAGUGACAAAAACUUCCACUGGUUGAUUGAAGAUGAGGUUGACACCACAGCCAAUAAAGGAAAUGACAACACAUAUGACAGGAUUGUGGUUUAUGGUGAUGACAUGCUGGAUGCUAUUGUCCCAUAUUCAGCCAAACCAUUCAACUUCCAAGAAGAGUUUCAACUGACUGACGAAAUGACUCUGAAAGUGAGUGAUCACUAUCCUGUGGAAGUUGAAUUGAAGGCUACAAAUUCGCAAGAUCGCAGGCCAGGGAAUAAAAGACCCAAACGAACUCCUCAGACUCAACCUGCAGCUCACCCGAGGGCUGGGAAAAAGCCCAGACAAAAAUAGAAAUAUGCUCUCUGGCCAAAAUAUCAGGAACCUCCGUGGAAAAUGGAGCCUAUACUGGGCUUUACUGAGUAAUGAUUAUGAUGAAAUGUGAUUUUUUAUUUGCUUGGCCAUUUUCAGAUUGUCAAAAACGUUAAGCUCUUAUGUAAUAUUACUUACAAAAUGUGGUGCCAUGAAAUAAAUUAGAAUAUUUGCCAAAUAAGGAGAAACAUAAGAAAGGCCAUUGUUUGACUUUGAUAUCAUCAUCCACUGGCAAGCUUUUGUCUGUAAUUCAGUAAAGUCACUUUUGUUUCUCCUUUAAUUUCAUGGCAGCUGCAGUAAUAUUCAAACAAGUGCAUGCCUUCAUUUCCAAUGUUUUUUUUUGUUCCUAAUGACAUAAUUUACAUAAAUAUCGAUUUAUGUUUAAAUUUGUGAACAUAUUAUUACAGUGGUUGACAAGCCAAAAAGUUUAAAUAUAUUAAAAUGGACGUUUAAAUCUGCACCUAUUUAGAAAUGAAAAAAAAUCUGUAUGUCAUUUCUGAGUAUGAAACUAUUAAAAACAACACAGAUCCAAAAA